AUGCAUCUUAUGUACACCCUCGACGACAAUGGCAACCGCCUGUACACCCUGAAGAAGGUUGCGCACGGCCAAGUCACCAAGUCUGCUCACCCUGCGCGAUUCUCCCCCGACGACAAGUGGUCCAGGCAGAGGGUCACCCUCAAGAGGCGGUUUGGCCUGCUUCUUUCUCAGCAGAAGGACAAGGAGAAGAGUGAGCUCUGA